GAAGCCACCACACUUCCAUUGAAUUGCCUCAAACAAGCAAGCACCAGUCUAUCGUAGUUACUCGUCGUGUUCGGUUCGGUGCUUUGGAAGAACAAUCUCUUGGAUGUAUAAGAGAGGUACACCUUAAACGAAUCUACUACCAAGUUGGGCGUUGUCGCGCCUUCUUCAAAAUCUGGCAGUUUUUUUGUCGGUUUACAACUCUAUUGAUUUCGAAAUUUCUGUUAAAGCUUUUUAUAACUCUUAUCACUAUUUCGCAGUAAUUUCCACCUGUGAUUAGAUUAGAUACUUUUUUUUUUUAACCUGACGUGUAUACAACCUUUUGUGUUUAAAAAUGAACAAAAAAAAAGUAUCUAGAUAAAAUAUCUUGCUAUUAAUCCGCCAAUACUUAUAGAUACCACCUGUGUGUUUUUGAAUUGAAUUCAGUUUUUAUUUGUUGAAGUUUUUAUGUGAAAUAAAAAUUCUAUUUGAAUUAUAGUGAAAGUGUUAUUUUUCAUACAAAAGUGUUGACUGUAUCUUAGUAUCUCUACAAAGAAGCAACCUUAACAUUCUAACACCCACCCAGGUGUUAUUGGUAUUAAAUGCUAAAAGAUGAGAGAUAACAAGUUGCAAUGAUGAACACACAAAUAAUUAUCAAAAGGGUUGAUAUAAAUCAUUCCUGAAAGUAAAACCAUUUACCUAUCCGACUUAUUAACUAACAUAAAAGCACUGCAGACUACACUCAACAAAAAAAUGCACAAUUCACAAUUAAAAUCCUCAACAAAAAACCCCGUUUCUUGUGAGAUGGAAAAGAAAUUAAAACGAAAUUUCAAAUAUCGAGAUAAAUUAUCUAAGCUUUGGCUACCAAUAGUCUUAGUUAGUUUUAUAGUUUUAUCUCAAUCAAUUGUGGUCAAUGGUCAGACAAGAGAUCCAAGAUUCUAUUCAAGACCUGGUGUUGAUCCACCAUAUAAUUAUCCGUAUCCUAAUCCAGGUGACCCUGAUUAUAGAACGUAUUUAUUUAAUGAUCGUCGGUAUGGACAUUAUCCACCAAAUGGUUAUGGCAAUAACUAUCCCGGACGCAAUCCCCCAGGACAAUAUCCUCAAGGAAUGCCAAAUGAGCCAGGAUUUCGUUUUGAUCCAAACAAUCCAAAUUCCCAACAAACACCAUUCCCAGGUGUACUAGGUGGUUGGCGCGAAGAUCUCCAAGGCAAACAACGACGAGAUUCCAUAACUCUCGAAAGAGAUGUCUUUGUAACGACAAAUUAUGGCCAAGUUCAAGGCUUCAAAGUGCACAUGUACGAUAAUCCUGAUCCAAAAUCCUUCUAUCGACCCUACCAAAGCCCAGUGGAUCGUAUCAUGGGUGAAUGCUCUGUAUUUUUGGGUAUUCCCUAUGCAAUUCCUCCCACAUUUGAAGGUCGUUUCAAACCUCCUCGAACACAUCGUGGUUGGCAAUUGUUGCAAGCUGUAGAUUUUGGUCCAGCAUGUCCACAACCAGUCCGAUAUACUGGAGCAACCAAGGGCAUCAAUGACAUGGAUGAAGAUUGUCUCUAUUUGAAUAUCUUUUCACCAAAGACUGGUGCAGGAGUUGCACAAAAAUACCCAGUAAUGGUACACAUUCAUGGCGGGGAAUUCAUAAGAGGAGCAUCAAACCUAUUUCAGGGUCAUACACUUGCGACGUUUUAUGAUGUCGUUGUGGUCACAUUGAAUUAUCGACUGGGAGCCCUUGGAUUUCUUUCGACAGGUGACGAAAAUUCUCCAGGAAAUUAUGGAAUUCUUGAUCAAGCUAUGGCUCUUAAAUGGAUCUAUGAUAAUAUUGAGUUCUUUAAUGGUGAUCGUGAGGCUAUAACUCUCUUUGGUCCUGGAGCUGGAGCCGCCUCAGCUGGUAUGUUAAUGGUAGCUCCUCAGACAAGACACAUUGUCAAAAAGGUUAUAGCUCAAUCUGGUUCGGCUUUAGCCGAUUGGGCAUUUAUUCAGGACAAAUAUCGAGCUCAGAACACAAGUCGAGUUCUUGGACAGCUUUUAGGUUGUUCUAUAGAAUCUUCGUGGAAAUUGGUGAAUUGUCUCCGAACCGGACGAAGUUUCUACGAACUGGGAAAUGCUGAAUUCCCACCUCAGGUCGGUACAUUUCCUUGGGCUCCAGUUUUAGAUUAUAACUUCACCCUACCUAGUGACGAUUGGUAUGAAGGUUGGCGCAUGAAAGAUUGGAAAUUCCUAUCUGAAACUCCUGAAAGUCUCAUUAGACAAUCAAAGUACUACAAAGGUUUGCAAUACAUGACUGGAGUUACAACUCAGGAAGCUGCAUUUUUCCUUUAUCAAAACGAAAGUCUUUCGCCGUAUUAUCAAAUCGAUGAAAAAUUCUUCGAUCAGAAAAUUCGAGAACAUGUUUUUCGUUACAAUUAUACGCUAAAUCCUAAUGGAGUCUAUGAAGCCAUUAAAUAUAUGUACACCUAUUGGCCAGAUCCUAAUAAUACGACAAUCAUACGAGAUCAAUAUGUCCACAUGAUGUCUGAUCUGUUGUAUCGAGCUCCAGUUGAUAAAAUGGCCAAAUUACUAUUAGAAAAGAAAGUUCCAGUUUAUCUGUAUGUGUUGAAUACAACAGUGGAGGCUUUGAAAUUCCAAGAAUGGCGAAAGUAUCCACAUGAGAUUGAACAUUAUUUUUUAACUGGAGCUCCAUUCAUGGACACAGAAUUCUUUCCCAAGAAGGAUCACCUUCAAAGGAAUAUGUGGACCGAUAAUGAUCGAAAUAUGAGUCAUUUGUUUUUGAAGACAUUUUCAAAUUUUGCUAGAUUUGGAAAUCCAACUCCAGAACAGGUUCUGGGAAUUCAUUAUGAACGAGCCUAUCAAGGUGAACUACGAUAUCUAAACAUCAACACGACUUAUAAUUCUAGUAUUUUACUCAACUACCGCCAAACCGAAUGUGCCUUUUGGACUCAAUAUUUGCCAACUGUGAUUGGAGUACUUGUGCCCACUUAUCCACCGACUACGGAAUUCUGGUGGGAACCCAAGGAACCACUGCAGAUUGCCUUUUGGAGCAUGUCAGUUGCAUGUUUCUUUCUAAUUGUUUUGGUUGUGAUUUGUUGCAUUAUGUGGAGAAAUGCAAAAAGACAAACAGAUCGAUUUUACGACGAAGACGUAUUUAUAAAUGACGGCCAUGAGCUCGAUCGAGAUGGUCGAUCUGUUGUAAGCAGUCCGAGUGGUAUUGACAAUGCUCACAUGGUUACAAAUCAUCACGUUGUCCGUUCACGGGACAAUAUUUACGAAUUCCGUGACUCACCCUCAACAAAGACUCUUGCAACAAAGUCUCAAACAGACACAACCUCUGUUCGAGCACCUAGUUCUCUUGCCAAAACAGGAAGUCAAACUUCACUGAAAAGUGGCACAUCAUUGAAAGAAUCUAUCGGACCAUAUUCAGUUAAAGAUGGCAACUAUCCCAGUCUUAAGAAGCCUCAAAAGAUGGAUAGUGAGCCACGAAGUGGAAGAAAUAUUGCUUCUGUCGUAGCCAAUGGAAAGAAACCACAAGUUGAAGAAAAACGACUUUUACAAAGAGAACCACCGAUCUCUAGUACUCCAAUGACAGAUAAAAUUAUUAUUAAUAGUCGGAGUACAACUCCGGUGCCAAAUCCAAGAUCGACUACACCCGCAGUUGUUGCCAUGAAACCGGCUGCAAGUCGGACACAGCUAAUUGAGGGAAUACCUCAAACGUCUGUAUAAAA